GGUCGUAACAGAAAAUGCAAAUUUUUGUAAAAACUUUAACUGGUAAAACCAUCACUCUCGAAGUUGAAGGUUCAGAUACCAUCGAAAACGUCAAGGCUAAAAUCCAAGACAAAGAAGGUAUCCCACCUGACCAACAACGUUUAAUCUUCGCCGGUAAACAAUUAGAAGAUGGUCGUACCUUACAAGAUUACAAUAUUCAAAAAGAAUCAACCCUCCACUUAGUCUUAAGACUUAGAGGUGGUGGUGGUAAAAAGAAGAAGAAGAAGACUUAUGCCACCCCAAAAGUCAUCAAAAGAAAGCCAAAGAAAGUCAAGUUAGCUGUUCUCAAAUACUACAAAUUUGACGAAAACGGUAAAAUCAAACGUGUCUUAAGAGAAUGUCCAGCUGAAACCUGUGGUGCUGGUGUUUUCAUGGCCCAACACGCCAAUCGUCAAUACUGCGGUAAAUGUCACUCAACUUUAGUCAAAAAAUCAAAAUAAAAUAACAAAUUUAUCCAUUUAAGGUUAUAUUUAUGAUUAGAGGACGUACUUUUUGUCACUAAUACCAAAAAAAAAA